UUUUGUUUUGUUUUGUUUUUGCACUCAGCAGACUGAAGAUGGACGCCACUUCGUCUCCACAGAUCGUGGGGGAGGCAGAGUCUAGGAGCAGUGCAGAUCUUCAUGGAGAUGACCAUCUAUUGACGCUAAAGGCUUUGACUGAGAAAUUGAGACUGGAGACCAGGAGGCCGUCUUAUCUGGAGUGGAAAGCCCUGGAGGCAGAAAGCGUCAAAGAUUCACAGACUGGAAAAUUCCAGAUUCAGGAGGAGCGGGAUGGGCAACCAGUCACGUACAAAGAGUCUGCGGCAAACUCGGAUAAAAGUCAGCGAAAGCAGCCCUCGGGUGUGCUGAAGGGCUUUGAGAACAUCGACGAAGCUCUCUCUUGGCUCAGAAAAGAACUGACAGACAUGCGCUUGCAAGACCAGCAGCUGGCCAGACAGCUCAUUCGACUCCGGAGCGACAUCAACACGCUGAAGAUCGAGCAGACGUGCCACCUGCACCGUCGCAUGCUCAACGACGCCACCUUCGGCCUUGAGGAAAAGGACGAGCUGUCCGACCUGCUGUGCGAGUGCCCCGUCACCCCAGGGCUCGGGCUCUCGGCCCCCCUGAGGCUAAUCGGGAUCACUAAGAUGAACAUUAACUCUCGAAGGUUCUCGCUCUGCUAGGCCAAACUCUGUGUCAAGCGACUGCAAGAAAUCCUUAAAAAACUUGCCGAGGACCAAGUUUGAGUCAUGUAAGUCGACAGAUGGUGUAUUUGCCAUUAAAGUUCCUUGCAAAAGUA